AUGAGCAAUUCCAAGGGAGUCGCCGACAACAUGCUCUGGGGAGGCCGGUUCACUCAGGGUCUUGAUCCACUCAUGGUGCAAUACAACCAGUCUCUGCCCUACGACCGUAUCAUGUGGAAGCAAGACAUCGCCGGCUCGAUCGCCUUUGCCCGCGCCAACAUGAAGACCGGGAUCCUGACCGCACAAGAAUUCGCCGAAAUCGAGCGCGGGUUCAAGCAAAUUGCCGAAGAGUGGCGCACCAACACCUUCGAAGCCAAGGAGAACGACGAGGACAUCCACACUGCCAACGAGCGCCGACUCAGCGAGAUCAUCGGCAAGGAGAUUGGCGGGAAACUGCACACGGGUCGCUCCCGAAACGAGCAAGUCGCCACCGAUAUGCGCCUGUGGCUCCGUGACGAGCUGCGCAAGUUGGACGCGCAGUUGUCCGACCUGGUCAAGGUCUCCAUCGCGCGGGCCGAGAAGGAGAUUGACAUCAUCAUGCCUGGUUAUACCCACUUGCAAAAGGCCCAGCCUGUUCGUUGGUCUCACUGGAUGCUGUCUCAUGCGACGGCGUUUGCUAGUGAGUUGCAGCGUUUACGCGAGGUCAUUCGUCGUGUCAACCGUAGCCCGCUGGGAUGCGGUGCGUUGGCCGGAAACCCUUUCCAGAUUGACCGUGAGGCCAUGGCCAAGGAGCUUGGCUUUGACGACCUGUUGUACAACUCUAUGAACACCGUUGGUGACCGUGACUUUGCUAUGGAGACGAUGCAGUGGGGCAGCUCCUUCAUGCUCAAAAUCUCUCGCUGGGCCGAGGACUUGAUCAUCUACAGCAGUCUCGAGUUCGGCUUCGUUCGCCUGUCGGAUGCUUAUUCCACCGGUUCAUCAUUGAUGCCGCAGAAGAAGAACGCAGAUAGCCUGGAAUUGCUCCGAGGCAAGUCGGGCCGUGCUUUCGGUCAGAUGGCCGGUCUGAUGAUGACCAUCAAGGGUCUGCCCACCACCUAUAACAAAGACCUGCAGGAGAGCAUUGAGCCUCUGCUCGACCAUAUCAAGACUGUCAGCGACAGCAUUCUCAUCGCCACCGGUGUCUUGUCUACCCUGACCGCCAUCCCGGAGAAGAUGACCGCCGCUUUGGCCCCGGAGAUGUUGGCCACCGAGAUUGCCGAUUACUUGGUCCGCAAGGGCGUGCCUUUCCGUGAGGGCCACCACAUCUCCGGCCGUGUCGUACAGCUUGCAGAGCAGAACAAUGUCCCCAUGGACACGCUAUCGCUUGAGCAAUUGAAGACCGUUGAUCCUCGCUUUGACGAGGAUGUCCAAGCUUGUCUCGACUACGAGCGUGCGGUGGAACUCAAGGAUGCCAUUGGCGGUACAAGCAAACGUGCUGUUCUCGAGCAGACGGCCGUCCUGAAGAAGCUGUUGUAA